AUGGCGCCGUGCGGACGUGUCCGGAGCCACUGGCCGGGCCCGCUGGCGCUGCUGCUCCUCUCGCUCUCGCUCUCGGCCGCGGAGCCGGCGGCAGGGGGGCCCGGGCUGGGGGCGGCUGGCCAGGGCGCCCAGCAGCAGGUCCCGGCGGGUGGGCCGGGCCCCGGGGGGCGGGGGCCCCGCGGCGGCGGCGGCGGCGUUUCCAGCGGCGGGUGGAAGCUGGCGGACGAGCCCGCCUGCCGCGAGGACGUGACUCGGGUUUGCCCCAAGCACAGCUGGGCCAACAACUUGGCCGUGCUGGAGUGUCUGCAGGACGUGAGAGAGCCGGACAAUGAAAUCUCUUCAGACUGCAACCAUCUGUUGUGGAACUACAAGUUGAACCUGACUACAGACCUGAAGUUUGAAUCCGUGGCCAGAGAGGUCUGUAAGUCCACCAUAGCAGAGAUCAAAGAAUGUGCAGAUGAGUUAGCUGGGAAAGGCUACUUGGUGUCCUGUUUGGUGGACCAUAGAGGUAACAUCACUGAAUACCAGUGUCACCAGUAUAUCACCAAAAUGACAGCCAUCAUCUUCAGUGAUUACCGUCUGAUCUGUGGCUUCAUGGAUGAUUGCAAGAAUGAUAUUAACGUCCUCAAAUGUGGCAGCAUUCGACCUGGAGAAAAGGAUGCUCACUCACAAGGAGAGGUGGUGGCCUGCCUGGAGAAAGGGCUGGUAAAGGAGGCAGAGGAGAGUGAUCCCAGAAUUCAGGUUUCUGAUGAGUGUAAGAAAGCAAUUCUUCGUGUGGCUGAACUCUCCUCAGAUGACUUCCACUUGGACCGACACCUGUACUUCGCAUGCCGUGAUGACCGGGAACGCUUCUGUGAAAAUACUCAGGCUGGGGAAGGCCGGGUUUACAAGUGCCUUUUUAACCACAAGUUUGAAGAAUCUAUGAGUGAAAAGUGUCGUGAUGCACUGACAACCCGUCAAAAGCUGAUUGCUCAGGACUAUAAAGUCAGUUAUUCAUUGGCAAAAUCCUGUAAAAGUGACCUGAAGAAGUACCGCUGUAACGUGGAGAACCUUCCCCGGUCCCGGGAAGCCAGGCUUUCCUACCUGCUGAUGUGUCUAGAGUCUGCAGUGCACAGAGGUCGGCAGGUGAGCAGUGAGUGUCAGGGUGAAAUGUUGGAUUACCGGCGCAUGCUAAUGGAAGACUUCUCGUUGAGCCCGGAAAUCAUUCUGAGCUGCCGAGGGGAGAUUGAACACCACUGCUCAGGGCUGCAUCGGAAAGGGCGUACUUUGCAUUGCCUGAUGAAAGUUGUACGUGGGGAGAAGGGAAACGUUGGACUGAACUGCCAACAGGCGCUUCAAACUCUGAUUCAAGAGACUGACCCUGGUGCAGAUUACCGCAUUGACAGAGCUUUGAAUGAGGCUUGUGAAUCAGUAAUACAGACGGCUUGCAAACACAUACGAUCUGGAGAUCCAAUGAUUCUGUCGUGCCUUAUGGAGCACUUGUACACUGAGAAGAUGGUAGAGGACUGUGAGCACAGGCUCCUGGAGCUCCAGUACUUUAUUUCUCGUGAUUGGAAAUUGGAUCCAGUCCUUUAUCGCAAGUGUCAGGGAGAUGCUUCUCGACUCUGUCAUACCCAUGGCUGGAAUGAGACUACUAGUGACCUGAUGCCUACAGGGGCUGUCUUUUCCUGCUUGUACAGACAUGCCUACCGCACGGAGGAGCAGGGAAGGAGGCUGUCACGAGAGUGCAGAGCAGAAGUACAACGAAUCCUUCACCAGCGUGCAAUGGAUGUGAAGCUGGAUCCAGCGCUCCAGGACAAGUGCAUGAUCGACUUGGGAAAAUGGUGCAGUGAAAAAACAGAGACAGGACAGGAACUUGAAUGCCUCCAGGACCAUCUUGAUGACUUAGUGGUUGAUUGCAGAGACAUAGUUGGAAACCUUACUGAGUUGGAGUCUGAGGAUAUUCAGAUUGAAGCCUUGCUGAUGAGAGCGUGUGAGCCCAUCAUUCAGACGUUCUGUCAUGAGAUGGCAGAUAACCAGAUAGACUCUGGGGACUUGAUGGAAUGUUUGAUUCAGAACAAGCACCAGAAGGAGAUGAAUGAGAAGUGCGCCAUUGGAGUCACUCACUUCCAGCUGGUUCAAAUGAAGGAUUUCAGAUUCUCAUACAAAUUUAAAAUGGCUUGCAAGGAGGAUGUGCUGAAACUUUGCCCCAACAUCAAAAAAAAGGUGGAUGUGGUGAUCUGUCUAAGCACUACGGUGCGCAAUGACACACUGCAGGAUGCCAGGGAGCAGAGAGUGUCUCUGAAGUGCCGCAAACAGCUGCGCGUCGAGGAGCUAGAGAUGACAGAGGAUAUUCGACUUGAACCAGAGCUGUAUGAGGCUUGUAAGAGUGACAUCAAGAACAAUUGCCCGAAUGUGCCCUAUGGCAAUGCACAGAUUAUUGAGUGUUUGAAGGAAAACAAGAAGCGUCUGAGCAACCGGUGUCACCAGAAAGUGUUUAAACUGCAGGAGAAUGAGAUGAUGGAUCCAGAACUAGACUACACGCUCAUGAGGGUCUGCAAGCAAAUGAUCAAGAGGUUCUGCUCUGAAGCAGAUUCGAAGAACAUGUUGCAGUGUCUGAAACAGAAUAAGAACAGUGAGGUGAUGGACCCUAAAUGUAAACAAAUGAUCACCAAGCGACAGAUCACACAGAACACAGAUUACCGCUUGAAUCCAGUGCUCAGAAAGGCCUGCAAACAAGACAUCCCCAAAUUUUGCCAAAAUAUUCUGAGUACGGCUAAGGAUGAUGCAGAGUUGGAGGGGCAGGUCGUCUCCUGCCUCAAGUUGAAGUAUGCAGACCAGCGUCUGUCUCCAGACUGCGAGGAUCAGAUCCGAGUGAUAAUCCAGGAAUCUGCUCUUGAUUACCGGCUAGAUCCUCAGCUGCAAAUGCACUGUUCUGAUGAGAUCUCCAGGUUGUGUGCAGAGGAAGCAGCAGCGCAGGAACAGACUGGGCAGGUGGAGGAGUGCCUGAAAGUUAACCUGCUCAAAAUUAAACCAGAGAUGUGUAAAAAGGAGGUGCUCAACAUGCUGAAGGAGAGCAAAGCAGACAUAUUUGUCGAUCCAGUGCUUCACACAGCCUGUGCCCUAGACAUCAAACACCACUGUGCAGCCAUCCCACCCGGAAGAGGACGUCAGAUGUCUUGCCUAAUGGAAGCUUUGGAAGACAAGCGUGUGAGGUUACAACCUGAAUGUAAGAAACGCCUUAAUGAUCGGAUUGAAAUGUGGAGCUAUGCUGCGAAGGUUGCCCCAGCAGAAGGCUUUUCUGACCUUGCUAUGCAAGUGAUGACUUCUCCGUCCAAGAACUACAUCCUGUCUGUUAUCACAGUCGGCAUCUGUGUACUCUUCCUGAUUGGCCUCCUGUGUGGACGCAUCACCAAGCGGGUGACACGAGAGCUCAAGGACAGGUAGAGCCUGGAUUGCCUGCUGAAGAAAUGCCUGCCCAGUUUGUACAGCCCUCCUCUGUAUAGUCUGCCCACCCACCCCCUCUUGGGAGAGGAGAAUUAAAAAAAAGAAUUAGAACAGCAGCAGGUGUCGGCUCAGUUUUCCCAUCUUGGAUCUCAUCCAUGGCAUCUUCACCGUCCUAUGAAAGAGUCGGUGUGCAACAUUGGCAGCCCAGCCAACAGCUUUUGUUACCCCUUUGUUAGCGGACUCCUGUUACCUGCCUGUAGACGAGUCUCUUUAUUGUAUCGUUGGACCUGCCGUCACCAAAUCAGACUGACAUGACCUGCAGCUCAAGCAGUUU